UUUCGAUAAUGUUCGGGAGGAGUAAGUCACUCUGAGAAAGCAAUUAGUUGGAUGGGUCGCGAUGCGCAAACUCAAUUCAAUUAACUAACCCUUGUUGCGCUCUAGAAGUAUUUACGCGACUGACUGAGAAUCUUUGUUAUUCGUCCUCCUCAAUGGAAUUCCCAUCAGUCUACCAUUGGGAGUCCCAGUUGAGUGUUCUAUUACUGGUUAGAUUGAGGGGUUUUUUCUGCGUUCAUUAAAAUAAAAUAUUUUGUGCCAAAUCGACAGAAAUCUUGUAUAUUUUGUGAUGCUGCACGAAUUAAUUUGAAUAUAUCAAAAAUUUGCAUAAAUUUGUUGUCGGAGAAGUGAUAUAAAAUAGAGUUAUUUUGUUCUAUUGCUUAAUGAGGAAUUGAUAGAAAAACGUAACAAGAGAACACCUUUGCACGUUUCCAUCGGGGUGCGCGGGAAGAUGUAUUGUGUGUAGGGGAAGGUGUGGAGAACGAAUCACCUGAGAUAAUAAUGUUAAUUACGUAUACCACGCAUUUUGAUGACCAUUUGUCUAAAUAUUUUGCCAUCUGAUCGCUCAAUAUAAAUUAAUUCUCGUUCAUUGCUAAAAAUUCAGUCUACACCGGCAAACUCAACUCAGUGGAAAUCACUCCCUGAAGUGUCGCAUUUGUGUGAACUAUCCAGCUGUGUGUUUCGUCGUUGUCACUUGUCCACCAGAAAGAGAGAGAGCCCCCCGUGAAAAUGUUUUCACAAUUAGUUGUUUGGCUUCUGGCCACGAGUACUGUUUGUCUUGCGUGGGAUAAUUCGUGGAUCAUGGACAUGAAGUAUGAGCGGUAUUCGCAGAGGCGCUCCUACUACCUUGCCGAAGAGGAGGAUCGUUCGGUCGGUAGUGAUAUUGAGCUCACGGCAAAAGAGCAAGUUGUCAAUGAGCGUCUCAUGGAGCUGAAGAUGACCGAACUGAAGAAUGGACUGCAAGAUCCGGCUGGUUUCAUCCCAUGGAAUCACAUCUUUGACGUCCUCUACCGCAUCAAUUCCUCCGAGCUCUUCCACAUUAUCCAAAAAAUGCCCAAAGGUGGUAUCCUCCAUGCUCACGAUACAGCCCUCUGCAGCACCGACUACGUCAUUUCCCUCACCUACGAACCAAAUCUCUGGCAAUGUGCUGAUCCCACAACGGGUGCAUUCCAAUUUCUCUUUUCGCGCGAAGCUCCCACCAAUACAGACACCUGCACGUGGACCCUCGUAGCCGAUGAGCGCGCCAAGCAAGGUGAGGAGAACUACAAUUCCGCCCUGAGAUCGCAACUCUCAAUGUACAACACCAAUCCCAUAAUGCACAAUCGCGAUGUUGAUUCAAUUUGGCGCCAAUUUAUGGGAAUCUUCGGUGUUAAUGGUGGUCUUCUCACCUAUGCACCAGUUUGGAAGGCUUACUACCUCCAAUUCCUCAAGGAAAUGCUCGCUGAUGGUGUUCAGUACCUGGAACUUCGUACAACUCUUCCACCACUCUAUGAUCUCGAUGGUAAAACCUACAACGAGGUGGAAAUCAUGCAGAUCUACUAUGAUGCCACGAAGGAAUUUAAGAAGCAAAACCCAACGUUUAUCGGUGCUAAAAUUAUCUAUGCCCCCGUGAGGGUGGUUGAUGACGCAGGAAUUCCAGCAUUGAUGGCCAAAGUACGUGAAUUGCAUGAGAAAUUCCCCGAUUUUAUGGCUGGAUUUGAUUUAGUCGGACAGGAAGACAAGGGACGCCCCCUCAUUGCAUUCAGCAGGGAAAUCCUCAAGCUUCCCAAUUCAAUUGAUUUCUACUUCCAUGCUGGAGAAACAAAUUGGGAUGGCAUGACUGAUGAUAAUUUGAUUGACGCUGUUCUUUUGGGAACAAAGAGAAUUGGUCACGGAUAUGCCGUUCUGAAGCAUCCACGUGUCCUUAAGGAAGUCAAACGCAAUAAGAUUGCCAUUGAAGUUUGUCCCGUUUCCAAUCAAGUCCUCCGCCUUGUUGCCGACUACCGCAAUCAUCCUGGCUCUGUGCUCCUCGCCAACAAAGAGUACCCCGUUGUCAUCAGCUCUGACGAUCCAUCCUUCUGGGAAGCUAAACCCCUCAGUCAUGACUUCUACAUGGCCUUCCUUGGCUUAGCGUCGAGUCGUCAGGAUUUGCGUCUCCUCAAGCAGCUGGCCAUCAACUCCAUCAAGUACAGCGCCAUGUCACCACGUGAGAAGCUCCAAGCCAUGCAAAUGUGGGAGGCUGAAUGGAAGAAAUUCAUCGAUGGUUUCAACGCGUGAUUCUCUUGAAAAAAAAUUGCGCCUUAUCAAUUUUUGUUUCCCCCCCAAGAAGGAGAAUUUGUUGAGCCAAUUGACGUCAAUGAAAUAAAAAGAACGUGGGGAUACA